GCUUAGACCAUCAUUGGGGUGGGUUAGACCAUCAUUGGGGUGGGUUAGACCAUCAUUGGGGUGGGUUAGACCAUCAUUGGGGUGGAAGCAUAUGGUGGAAGGGGUUGUAUUUUAGAAGUGUUCUUCCAAAGGAUCUUGAGACUUUCUCUGCAUGUGUAGAGUGAUGGCAGUUCCAGAUUGGUGUGUGUGUAGAGUGAUGGCAGUUCCAGAUUGGUGUGUGUGUAGAUGGUAGGUCCAGAUUGGUUUGUGUGUGUGUUUAUUUAUUUUUUAUUUUACCAGGCAAAUCAGUUAAGAACAAAAUCUUAUUUUCAAUGACUGCCUAGGAACAGUGGGUUAACUGCCUUGUUCAGGGGCAGAACGACAGAUUUGUACCUUGUCAGCUCGGGGAUUUGAUCUUGCAAUCUUUCGGUUACUAGUGCAACGCUCAAAACACUAGGCUACGCUGAAACCAAACUAUACUUUUGCAAAGUUGCAUGACGCAAGUAAUUUUUCAAACAAUUGUUUACAGUCAGAUUAUUUCACUUAAAAUUCACUGUAUCACAAUUCUAGUGGGUCAGAAGAUUUAAUGAUUUAAUGUUUCAACUAAUUAAUCUGGUUGUUAUGUUCUUAACUUUUUUUAUUCUAAACCAAUUAGAUAUUUUGUUGACAGUUAUGUUUAAGUUCCCACUAGUGGACAAGCUGCAAAAAACCUUUGGUGUUAAGGUUAGCCUCCACAUAAACACAUUUCUUUAGAUAUUUUUAGUUCCUCUCAGAUAAUUUUACAUAAAAUAUGAUCACUUAAGAGAUUAAUGUGCUGAUAUGUGCACAUGAUAGUAUAUUUCAUGAGCAUUCAUUACUAUUUCCUGCCAAUUUCAAAUCAAAUCAAAUUUUAUUUGUCACAUACACAUGGUUAGCAGAUGUUAAUGUGAGUGUAGCGAAAUGCUUGUGCUUCUAGUUCCAACAAUGCAGUAAUAACCAACGAGUAAUCUAACCUAACAAUUUCACAACAACUAUCUUAUAUACACAAGUGUAAAGGGAUGAGGAAUAUGUACAUAAAAAUAUAUUAAUGAGUGAUGGUACAGAAUGGCAUUUCACAUGACUGGGAAGGGGUGGAGCCAUGAGUGGGCCUGGGAGGGCAUAGGUCCACCUACUUGGGAGCCAGGCCCAUCCAUUGGGGAGACAGGUCCUGCCAAUCGGAAUGAGUUUUUCCCCACAAAAGGGAUUUAUUACAGACAGAAAUACUCAUCACUCAAGACAUUUCAGCUUUUCAUUCAGAAUUCAUUCAGGCUGUAUCACAACAAAAUGUGAAAAAAGUCAAAGGGCGUGAGUACUUUCUGAAGGCACUGUAUAUGGAAGUGUAUUAAAACCUGUUGCGACUCUAAGGGCAGUAUUUUCAUUUUUGGAAAAAAAACGUUCCCGUUUUAAACGGGAUAUUUUGUCAGGACAAGAUGCUAGAAUAUGCAUAUAAUUGACGGCUUUGGAUAGAAAACUGUAAAGAUAUUGUCUGUGAGUAUAACAGAACUGAUGUUGCAGGCGAAAGCCUGAGAAAAAUCCAAUCCGGAAGUGCCCCAUAUUUUGAAAGCGCUGCGUUCCAAUGAGUUCCUAUUGAGCUGUGAAUGUGCCAUCAACCAGCUUACGCUUUCUACGUAUUCCCCAAGGUGUCUACAGCAUUGUGACGUAGUUUUACGCAUUUAUGUUGAAGAAUAGCCGUAGGUGGCUACAUUGCGUAACUGGUCACCUGAUGACCCCAGGGUGACUCUUGCGUAAAAUACAGAGGUAGCCAUUACUCCAAUCGGUCCUACUGAAAAACUAAUUGUCCCGACGGAUAUAUUAUCGAAUAGAUAUUAGAAAAACACAUUGAGGAUUGAUUAUAAACAAUGUUUGCCAUGUUUCUGUCGAUAUUAUGGAGCUAAUUUGGAAUAUUUUUUUGCCGUUUUCGUGACUGCGAUCUUUUGGGAAAAACUUUGGCUAUCUACCUGGGAGUCUCAUGAGUGAAAACAUCCGAAGCUCAUCAAAGAUUUCCUUGGAAUGCACUUGGAUAAGGGCGUCACUCUGGAUAAGGGCGUCACUCUGGAUAAGGGCGUCACUCUGGAUAAGGGCGUCACUCUGGAUAAGGGCGUCACUCUGGAUAAGGGCGUCACUCUGGAUAAGGGCGCCACUCUGGAUAAGGGCGCCACUCUGGAUAAGGGCGCCACUCUGGAUAAGGGCGCCACUCUGGAUAAGGGCGCCACUCUGGAUAAGGGCGCCACUCUGGAUAAGGGCGUCACUCUGGAUAAGGGCGCCACUCUGGAUAAGAGCGUCUGCUAUAAAUGACCAACACGUUGAUGGAAAAACUAAUGAACAACAGGCCUCAAUCCAACC